UUGGUGUUUUAUCUAUUAUUGCCAUAUCAUAGGCGAACAAUAGAAGAAUAAGUAGCGCAAGAUAAUCAGCAUUUCUAUCAAUUCAUUUUUGAAGGCAAACCGGACACACCAACUAAAUUCAGAAUUGCAAAACAUGGCAUCACAGACAAAAGAAUUAUGGUGGAAUGGAAACCAGGAUAUGACGGCGGUUAUAUUCAAACAUUUUUUGUUUACUACAAGGGAAUAGAGCAUGAAGUCAAGUCAUCACCUACAAAUGGAAGUCCUUAUUCAUUUAAGUGCAAAAAUUUGAAACCUCGUUCUACUUACGAAAUCGUAUUAUGUGCAAAAAACAUAAAAGGGAAUGCAGAUUCUUGUAUUCUAAAAGAUUGUGAAACGAAAGGCAAACCGGACCCACCAACUGAAUUCAGAAUUGCAAACGAUGGCAUCACAGACACAAGUAUUGAAGUGGAAUGGGAACCAGGAUAUGACGGCGGUUAUAGUCAAACAUUUUAUGUUUACUACAACGGAGAAGAGCAUGAAGUAAAGUCAUUACCUACAAAUGGAAGUCCUUAUUCAUUUAAGUGCGAAAAAUUGAAACCUCGUUCUUCUUACGAAAUCGUAUUAAAUGCAAAAAACAUAAAAGGGAAUGCAGAAUCUUGUAUUCUUAAAGGUUGUGAAACAAAAGGCAAACCAGACCCACCAAAGAACUUCAGAAUUGCAAACGAUGGCAUCACAGACACAAUUAUUGAAGUGGAAUGGGAACCAGGAUAUGACGGCGGUUAUGAACAAACAUUUUAUGUUUACUACAACGGAGAAGAGCAUGAAGUCAUAUCACCUUUUAUAAAUGGAAGUUUUUAA